AGACACAGAAAGUGUCCAAACGAGCUACCGUCUGAAGUGAGACCUCCUGUUCUCUGAGGAUCUCUGCAUCGUCACGUCUCUUCACUUUCAACAUGAUGUCGAUCAGGAAAGUUUCACUGAGAUCAGCUGCGACUCUGGUUUCACCUGCUGCUGCUCAGCUUCGUGUGCGUCUCUCUACUGGUCCCCAGCAGCAACAAAAGACUUUUUACGAGUUCCGCACCUACUGCAUCCGUCCAGAGCAGAACGCCGCCUUCCUUAAACUAACCAAUGAGAAGGUCCACCUGCGCACCGCCCACUCCGAGCUGAUUGGCUACUGGAGUGUUGAGUAUGGGGGCUUGAACCAGGUUUUCCAUAUAUGGAAGUAUGACAGCUACGCUCAGCGGGCGGGGGUUCGGGCGGCGCUCGCUCAGGACCCCUCAUGGAUCUCAGAGUACAUCUCCAAAGCGAUUCCAAUGUUGAGGUCUCAGGACAACGAGGUCACCUACCUCGUUCCCUGGAGCCACCUGCAGAGGCCGCCACAGGAGGGGGGUGUGUACGAGCUGGUGUCUUACCACAUGCGUCCUGGUGGUCCAGCGGUUUGGGCCGAUGCCUUCCAGGCUGCUGUAACCUCCCAUGAUGCACCAGGGUACGGCAAGCUGCUGGGAGCUUUCCACAGCGAAGUUGGAAAACUGAACAGAGUUCACGCUCUUCAGUGGUUUGAGAGCGCUGACCAUCGAGCGGAGGUUCGACACCGAUCUCACACUGACUCCAGAUUAGUUGCUGCAGUCAGGGACAGUGUCGUCCAUCUCGACUCUCAGAAGAACAAACUCAUGUUUCCGUGUCCCUUUUCUCCGAUGAAGUAAAUUCCUGUCUCCAUGACAGGGUCCAGGGCUGUGUUGUGUGAGUCGGAGGGGGCGGAGCUUGUCUUUGUUUUACAGCUGCAGACAAAUGGAUAGAAUUUAUGUCUGUGUUGUUGUUGUCAUGGUGACCACGUUAUUUCAUACCUUCACAUGUGUAAAACAUAGAAUAAAAUCUUUUAAAAAAACUUGACAUUCGACUUUCUAUGUCUGCGUUCUCUUCCAGCUGCUGUCAGACAGAUGUUCAGCUGAGUCAUGUUUAAGUUGAUCCAGGUUUUUAAAUCCUCUAAACACAAAGAAUCUGACAAACUGAAUCUGAAGCUCUGCAGCUCAGAGUGUCAUGUGUCCCACUCAGCUGCUGUCUUUUCAACCUGAGCAUCAGCUGACAUCUCUCCCCUGCUCUGAUCGAUCCUCGGGUGGAGGUGAAAGUGCUCUCCCAGCUACCUCCACCUCCACCGUCACAUUUCCAUCACUGCCGAUCGGAGCCCAUUAAACCCUGCGUCUACAGAAUCCAGAUGUUUGUGGGUUUUUUCGAGCAGUGCAAAAGAGGAUUAAGUGAAGAGCUGUUUUCUGGCUUCAUUCACCUCCAUGGCUCCACUCGUCCUGCCAUACAUCAACACCACAAAGCGCUCCAACAGGGACUUGGACCGUUCCCUCACAUCCCCUGGUAACUGCAUGAGCUCACUGAGGCAGUGGUCCCUUCAGGGGAAGCUUCCUAAUCUCAUGUUCCUCCCGGCUGAAUCUGAACAGCUCGCUCUUCUUCUGACCAACACGCAGAGGUCUUUGCACUGCUGUGAUUCCCUCUACCUUCUGUCAGGGAUGUAAACAGCCAAGAGGAUAUUAGCUUGUCUUCUCAAGCUUAGAUUUUGCAUAUGGACAAAGACACUGUCUGCAUAGUCCUGGUAUGGAUUGCAGUACCAGGAUUCAGCAUCUGGAACACAGCGUCAACCACGUCUUCCCUCCGCUUCAUGCAAGGCCACAGGAUGUCUCACCUUGUCAAAGCCCUGUGAGACUAAUUGUGAUUUGUGAAUAUGGGCUAUACAAAUAAAAUUGUAUUGAUUGAUUGA